AUGGAGUACGUCUUCGAGGACAUCGACCUCAAACGGGAGGUCUUCGCGGAGCUCGACCGGCUGUGCCCGCCGCACGCCAUCCUGGCCACGGGAACGUCGAGCCUCAUGCCCAGCGACCUAGCGGUCGCGACCAGCAGACCAGACAAGGUGCUGGCCGCCCACUACGCCAACCCGCCCUACCUGCUGCCCUUUGUCGAGAUCGUCGGCGCGAAGGGCUGCUCCCCGGAGUCGAUCCAGACGGUCGUGGACCUCCUGGUAGGGAUCGGCAAGCAGCCGGUCGUCCUCAAGAAGGAGGUUCCCGGCUUCGCCGCCAUGCGUCUACAGGGGGCACUCCUGCGAGAGGCUCUCUGGCUCGUCGAGAGAGGCGUCGCCACACCCGCCGACGUCGACACCAUCAUCAAGACGGGCAUAGGACGGCGGUGGUCGGUCGCAGGUGUAUUCGAGGUCUUCGAGCUGGCCGGGUGGGACCUGAUAUCGUCGAUCUGCGAGUGGCUCUUCCCGCACCUCGAGAAUUCGCCGGAGACACCCCCGGUCCUUCGUGACGCGGUGGCGAGAGGCAACCUCGGCGUCAAGACCGGAGAGGGCUUCUACGAGUGGACGCCGGAGCUCGAGGAGGUCCUGCGCCGCAGGAUCGCCAACGCUCUGGUCGAGAUCGACCGCUGGCCUCGAGACGACGCCGGCGCGGCGUCAACCAGGUGA